CCGACAAAUAUUGAUGUGUUCUUUAUCACAUUCGCAUUCUUUUGUCUACGGAAUACCCACUGCGACAAUGGUCGGGAAAAGUCCCGGGCGCUAGAAUUGGGCAGUAAAUUCAUAUCAGAUAUCGAAACGAGUCCCGAGAAUGGGUCGAUUCUGCUCAAGGAUUUGACGACCACCUUAUAUAUCCGAAUGAUCUACUCGGCCUUCACCUCAGCUUCUAGCAAGCCCUCGCACCUUCAAUUCUUUGAGUUUCCGUUCACUCAGUAGUUUUGGGCUGGUCUCAGACCACCAUAUCUGUUCACAAUGAAGUUCAACUCUGUUUAUAGCAACCUUAUCACUAUCUUGAGUUCUUCCUUGUUGGUUUCUGAAGCGUAUGCGCUCUGCUCCAACUCUUCCCGAUCAACCUUCAAGCAUCCCGGCCUUCUUCAUACCAGCAAAGACUUCGACCGCAUGUCGGGCCUCGUCGACGCCCAGAAGGUGCCAUGGACAACCGGCUGGAGCAAGCUCAAGACCCGCGCCAACACAGCCUACACUCCCAAUCCCAAGGAGACCGUCUGCCGCGGCGGCGCAGGUCGCGAAUGUAACCCCGAAAACUACCCAUCUCUCUACCGCGAUGCUCACGCCGCCUACAACAACGCUAUUGCCUGGAAGAUCACAGGCGACGAGGCCCACGCCAACGCGUCGGCUCGGAUCCUCGACGCCUGGAGCGAUUCGCUCGUCUACAUCAACGGCUCUUCGGAUAAGUACCUCGCGUCGGGCAUCUACGGCUUCCAGCUCGCCAACGCAGCCGAGAUUCUGCGGGAGUGGAAGGCUUGGGACGGCUUGUCUGCGAUGGCCGAGAUGCUGCAGAGAGUCUUCUACCCGAUGAACCACAGAUUUCUGAUCGACCACAAUGGCGCCUCCAUCGACCACUACUGGGCCAACUGGGACUUGGCCAAUAUAUGCACUAUGCAGGCUAUCGGAAUUUUGACGGAUAACAAGACCAUGUACAACGAAGCCGUUGACUACUUCAAGAACGGUGCGGGUAACGGCGCCAUCGAGAUAGCUAUUUGGGAGUUGCAUGAAGAGGAAGGUUCGGGCAAGAUCCUUGGUCAGGGCCAGGAGGCCGGUCGUGACCAGGGGCAUGCUCUGCUGGACUUUGCUUUCUUGGGCGUCUUUGCGCAACAGUCUUACAACCAGGGCGAUGACUUGUUUUCGUAUCUCGACAACAGAAUUUUGGCAGGAUCGGAGUACGCCGCAAAGUACAACCUCGGAUUUGACGUCCCCUUUACCAACUUUACCAACAGCCACGGCACGGCUGUGAAUAUCAGUGAAGCUGGACGUGGCGGACUUCGACCUAUUUGGGAGCUUCUCUACAACCACUACGGUGUCAUCAAAGGGCUCAAUGCUUCUUGGACCGAGCAAAUGCGCGACCACGUGGUCGAGGAAGCUGGUGGUGCUGAGGGAGGUGGUGGUGACUACGGCACGACCAGUGGCGGAUACGACCAAUUGGGCUUUGGUACACUCCUUUACAGGUUGGAGUAGGUUUGGGAAUAGUUGAUCUUCCACUGGACUAUUCUUCAGGAAUCAGAGAGGAUAUGUUCGGAUUUGAUUUUGACCCCAGGCCCGUGCCCUCACAGUCCCUCACACUAAGCGAAUACGUAGCCAGCUUUACUGCUCUUUCUUUUCUUUCUUCCUUACUCUCAUUCAGAUAACAUUUACUUCUUAUUUAUACUCAAAUAUUACUCAUGUCCAUACCA